AUGGCCGAGCUUGAUACUCUGGACAUCAUUGUCCUGUCCGUGAUCCUUCUCGGCACGGCCGCCUACUUCACCAAGGGCAAGUACUGGGCCAUUGAGAAGGACCCCUACGCCAAUGGUUUCGCCAGCGCCGGCGGCCCCAAGGCCGGCAAGACGCGCAACAUUAUCGAGAAGCUAGAUGAGUCCGGCAAGAACUGUGUCAUCUUCUAUGGAUCCCAGACUGGUACCGCUGAGGACUACGCCUCCCGUCUCGCCAAGGAGGGCAAGUCUCGUUUCGGCCUCGAGACUAUGGUCGCCGAUCUUGAGGACUACGACUUUGACAAUCUCGACGCCGUCUCCACCGACAAGGUCGUCAUGUUCGUCCUGGCUACCUACGGCGAGGGCGAGCCCACCGACAACGCCGUUGAGUUUUACGAAUUUAUCACGGGCGAGGACGUCUCGUUCAACGAAGCCAACGAGCCUGCUCUCGGAAACCUCAACUUCGUCGCUUUCGGCCUCGGUAACAACACGUAUGAGCACUACAACUCGAUGGUUCGCAAUGUUACAAAGGCUCUCGAGAAGCUUGGUGCUCACCGCAUCGGCGAGGCCGGCGAGGGUGACGACGGUGCCGGUACCAUGGAGGAAGACUUCCUCGCCUGGAAGGAUCCAAUGUGGACCGCCCUUGCUGAGAAGAUGGGACUUGAAGAGCGCGAGGCCGUCUAUGAGCCCAUCUUCAGCAUCACAGAGCGUGACGGCCUGACCCCUGAGUCGCCCGAGGUGUACCUUGGUGAGCCUAACAAGAUGCAUCUCGAGGGUGCUGCCAAGGGACCCUUCAACUCGCACAACCCUUACAUUGCCCCGAUUGCCGAGUCGAGAGAGCUCUUCAAUGUCAAGGACCGUAACUGCCUCCACGUUGAGGUCGAUGUCAGCGGCUCCAACCUCUCCUACCAGACCGGUGAUCACAUUGCCAUCUGGCCCACGAACCCAGGCCACGAGGUCGAUCUCUUCCUCGAUGUCAUCGGCCUCAAGGACAAGCGCCACACUGUUGUCAGCAUCAAGGCCCUCGAGCCCACCGCCAAGGUCCCCUUCCCGACGCCGACUACCUACGACGCCAUCGUUCGCUACCACCUGGAGAUCGGAGCUCCAGUGUCCCGCCAGUUUGUUUCCACCCUGGCUGCUUUCGCCCCCAAUGACACCGCUCGCGCCGAGAUGACUAGACUUGGCGGCGACAAGGACUACUUCCACGAGAAGACGGGUGCCCACUACUUCAACAUCUCCCGUUUCCUCUCCUCCGUGAGCGGCGGCGCCCCAUGGGCCAAUAUCCCCUUCUCCGCCUGGAUCGAGGGCAUCACCAAGCUUCAACCCCGCUACUACUCCAUCUCCUCGUCCUCCCUCGUCCAGCCCAAGAAGAUCUCCAUCACCGCCGUCGUCGAGCGCCAGGCUAUUCCUGGCCGCGAAGAGGACCCCUUCCGCGGCGUUGCCACCAACUACCUCUAUGCCCUCAAGCAGAAGCAGAACGGCGACCCAAACCCCGAGGCCUUUGGCCAGACAUACGAAAUCACUGGUCCCAGGAACAAGUACGACGGUAUUCACGUGCCUGUACAUGUUCGCCACUCCAACUUCAAGCUGCCCUCUGACCCCUCUCGUCCCGUCAUCAUGGUCGGCCCUGGCACCGGCGUCGCACCCUUCCGUGCCUUCAUCCAGGAGCGUGCCAAGCAGGCCGAGGACGGCGCGACUGUCGGUCCGACACUGCUCUUCUUCGGCUGCCGCAAGUCUACCGAAGACUUUGUUUACAAGGAGGAAUUCGAGUCGUACAAGAAGUCCCUCGGCGACAGCUUCGAACUCAUCACGGCCUUUUCCCGCGAGGGCCCCAAGAAGGUCUACGUCCAGCACCGCCUGCGCGAGCGCGCCCAGCAGGUCAACGACCUCCUUCAGAAGAAGGCCUACUUCUACGUCUGCGGCGACGCCGCCAACAUGGCGCGCGAGGUCAACACGUUCCUCGGCCAGAUCAUUGCCGAGCAGCGCGGCGUGUCCGAGGCUAAGGCUGAGGAGAUUGUCAAGGGAAUGCGCGCGGCGAACCAGUACCAGGAGGACGUCUGGUCUUAG